CCCCCGCAGCUGACGGUCUUCUGGAGGGCAGCAGGCUCCCCAAGCGGUUUCACCGUGGAGGAGAUGCAGGAGCCUCUGCCCAUGACUGUCCACCUCCUCGCUGACUCUGGCCACGGCCCGCCCCUCCAGCAGGCUCUGGACCGGCUCCUGGAUUACAUCUGCCCAAAGGUGCGCCUCUUCCUGGUGUCCGAGCGGGUUAGACCAGUGAAAUAUUAUGAAAAGUGCCACCCUCGGCGUUCCCGGUUCCCAGGUAUGUCUGUUUUGCUCUUCCUGCAUGAAAGCCUCGGAGAGGAGCGGCUGUUCCGUGCCCUGCAGUCCCUGCGGCAGCCUCCCUGGCAGUGUUACCCUCUCCAGGACACCCAGGGGAGACUGUGUCCUUACCUCCUUGCCAGCCAGGAGUUCUACAGCUUGGACAGCCAGAUGCCUGUGUGGGGCGUGAAGCAGGUGCACUGUGGCCCUGAGCUCCUCAGGGUGACGCUGUACUGCAGCUUUGACAACUACGAGGACACCAUCAGGCUGUACGAGAUGAUCCUGCAGAGGGAAGCCACUCUGCAGAAGAGCAACUUUUGUUUCUUUGUGCUCUAUGCCACCAAGAGCUUCUCCCUGCAGCUCUCCCUGAAGCAGCUGCCCCUGGGGGUGGCAGUGGACCCCAAAGAGUCUUCUGUGCUCCAGUUCAGGGUUCAAGAGAUUGGCCAGCUGGUGGCUCUUCUACCCAAUCCCUGUGUCCCCAUCAGCAGCAGCCGGUGGCAGACCCAGGACUAUGACGGCAACACGAUUCUGCUGCAGGUCCAGUCGAACCCCGGCCUUGGCUGUAGGCAUGGUGAGCUCCCUCCUCUGAGUGGCACCGUGGGAACUGACGCAUUCCAUCAGGGCCCCAGGCUGACUUCUGUUUCUGCUCAGAGAACCCUGGAGCCCAGGAACCGGAGAAGCCGGGCCAGGAAGUUCAAGACACGCUCUCUGGAGUUUCCUCAGCCCAGCGGGAUGUCAGAGGCCAGCUCUGGUGAUGCCCCCUGGAAAAGCCCCAGCCGGUCUGCCCAGGCCAACAGCUCAGCCAUGGGCACCCAGCAGCAUUUGCCUUCUCCCCGCCUUGAACUUGGGGCCAGAAUGCAGAUCCUUAGGGAAAACAGCUUUCAGAAGCUUGGGUCUGAGAUGGAUGUGGACACAGGGUUCGCUGUCCUUAAUUCAGAACCCAGACCAUCAUUUUGGAGCAGAUUUCCAAAGGAUUUUUGGGUCGGUCAACCAUCUAGUUUGCUAGACUCUUCCUCUGAGGUGACCGCCACCAAAACCGAAAGAGCCCUGAGGGAACAAAUUCACCCUUUGUCACUUGCUGGCCAAAGGGAACUUGGUACAAGGAAGAUGAUCUCAAAAUGUCCCCUUUACCUGCCAGUCCAGGCCGAAGUAAAAGAAAAAGAAGAAUUCUUUAUAUAGCACACACACACACACACACACACACACAUACACACAAAGUGUUUUUCUGAAGCACAAGAUCAAAUAGAAUGUUCUAGAAAUGGGACAUUGCCCCUGAAGCAUCCUGUGUCUUAUCCUUCUGAGAGAUCUGAACGUUGUUGUGCACAGAUCUGCAAUGCUUUCAUUUCAGGUGUUCAGAGUGAAAAGGUGCUGCAGUGAUUAUUUAUUUGCUGUCCCCCAUCCACAGGCACACAACCAAGGAUGGAGAGAAAGCCCAGCACCUUGUUCCCAGGAGAUGCACUAACACAGCUGGAUGCUGGGAGUUCAGCAAGGAUGAGGAUAAUUGUAUUGCAUGCAAAUAAGUGAAAAGUGUUACCCACUGCUGAUUAGUGUGUGCAAUUUAGUUUUAAUUUUCACUUGGUUUGCAUAGCUCAUCCCCCUGGAUAGCAUGGACUAUUUAGUCUUGUGUGCUUUUACAUUUUUAUGUGACCUCUUUUAUAAGUAGGCCCUCUUCACCACAUAUCCCCUUGGGAUUCUGCCUUGAAAAUUUGCAGCUGGAAUGAGUGAAAAAUGCAGUGUUUUGAACAUGGUAAACAAUUUAUUUUAGCCUGUUUAAUGAGAGGCACACUGGGAGCUAGACAACUGGGUUAAGAACGAAGGGUAGACUCCAAUGGUAGAAUGGUAGAAUCCUGCUCUUUGGUUUCUUGUUUCUGCUUUACACUGAAGAGGCCAGUGGUUCUUCCUAUAGACCAAGGAAAGUUUUGGAUGAUUGGGAAUUGAGAUCCCACUGAACACAGCAGGAAGAUCGGAUUGGCAGGGCCACUGGAGCAGGAAUUCCCAAUGUCUUCUCAAGUAGUCAUCAUUCAUCAUUUACAUGUUCACUUGAUAAAUACUUACCCAACACCCACAUUU